UGUGACUGAGGAAGUAUGUUUUGAAGGGGGCUGAGCUCAACAGAGCAGAGCAGAGCGUUUUGAUUGUAGCCCAGCGUGUUAGCAGCCAGCCAGGCAAGCAGGCAGGCAGGCAGCAGACAGACCCUAAGAUCCUGGAACUAAACCCCGCAGCCCAGCGUCCCUCUGACACCCCAGCGGCGGGAGACACAGAAAACUCAAAUCAGUCCCCCCUUCGGCCACAUUCCUGCACACAGAUGAGUGUCCAGGUCUGCUGUGGGCUCCACUGAGGGGCCGCCACUGACUCACUUGCGGUCCACCUUGCUGCAGACUCUCCGAUAGAAAGCCUAUUAAACAAGACUACGAGUCCCAUUUAAAAGAUGGAGGAGGGAUAUGAACUUGACUUGACCUACGUGACAGAGCGCAUCAUUGCUGUGUCCUUCCCUCGUGUCUGCUCCGAGGAGACUUACCUUCACAACCUGAAGGAUGUCACGCGCAUGCUCAAGUCCAAACAUGCGGACAACUACCUGGUGAUUAACCUGUCAGAAAAGAGACAUGACCUUUCAAAGAUGAAUCCCAAGACACUUGACACAGGUUGGCCUGACCUGCACGCUCCCCCCCUGGAUAAAAUCUGCACCAUCUGUAAGGCCAUGGAGAGCUGGCUCCAUGCUGACCCGCUGCAUGUGGUGGUCAUCCACUGUAGGGGAGGGAAGGGGAGGAUUGGUGUGGUCAUUUCCUCCUUUGUGCAUUUCACAGACAUCUCAGCAAGUGCUGACCAGGCCCUGGACCGCUUCGCCAUGAGGAAGUUUUACGAUGACAAGGUCUCCGCACUGAUGACGCCCUCCCAGAAAAGAUAUGUGUGGAUCCUGAACAGCCUUCUGAGCGGCUCGAUGAAGAUCAACGCCUCGCCUCUCUUCCUACACUGGGUCAUUGUCCACGGGAUCCCCAAUUUCGACAGUGCUGGAGUCUGUCGUCCAUACCUGAAGGUUUACCAGGGGAUGCAGGCAGUCUAUUCCUCUGGAGUUUAUCUCAUCGGGCCAGGCCACAGGAACAGGCUAUGCAUCGCACUGGAGCCGGCUCAGCUGCUGAAGGGAGACAUCAUGGUCAAAUGCUAUCAUAAGAGCAGUGCCUCCAACAGGGAUAUCAUCUUCAGACUGCAGUUCCACACAGGAGCGGUGCAAGGCUACAAUCUUAUGUUUGAGAAAGAGGAUAUGGAGUGUGCUAACAAAGAUUCCAGAUUUCCGGAUUAUGGAAAAGUGGAGCUAGUGUUUUCCGAGGGCCCAGAGAAGAUCCAAGGUGCGGAGCGCUGGCAGAACGGCCCAGAUGUGACCGUGGACUACAGCUUGACCGACCCGCUGACCCGCUGGGACUCCUACCAGAACAUCUGCAACGGUGAAGUGCCUCAGUCCCAGUCCCAGGGCUCCCCUCUGGACAAAGCGGAGGCGGUGGCCACCAGAAGUCCGAGUGACAGCUCCGCGCUGAGGAGGGCCGGCGGCGGCCUGACCUCGGCCACCAGCAGCCCUGAGCACAGCGACCACGCCCUGUCGGCCAGCAGCGACUCCGGCCUGUCCAACGCCUCCCUGUGGACAGAGCGCGGCUCCUUGCCGUCCUCGUCCACCACGACCGCCACCGCCACCAAAGCGUCGGGCCCCAGCCAGCAGGAGAGGGCCGAGCUCCAUCGCCUGCUGAGCGGCUUCGGCCUGGACACCCCGGCCGGCAUGCUCCACGGAGGCGGCGUGGAGGGGGAGCGGGACGGUGUCGCGGCCGUGGGCGUCCACAGGGCAACGCGCCAGGCCCAGGCCAACCACGGCGGCGGCAGGCCGCAAAUAUCGCCCAAGGAGCGGGAGACGGACAUUCUGGACGACGAGGAGGGCCUCCUGAUGUCCGGGCACGACUUACGCAGCACCGACAGCCUAGGGACGCUGUCCUCGUCCUGCCACGAGAGCAGCCAGAACUCACUGCUGUCGGACGGCUUCGGCAGCCCUGGCGGGCCAGAGGAUGUGACGGCCCACCACCACCACCAGCACCACCACCACCAGCAGCAGCAGCAGCACCAGCACCUCAGCAACAACAGCCAUCACGGCCACCAGUAUCUCCAGCACCAGCAGCACCAACACCAGCAGAACCAGCAGCAGUACCACCACGCGGCAGCGGGCGUGGAGGAGUACGAGCGGGCGUACGGCGAGGCUCGCCGUGGCUGCCUGGGUCAGAGGAGCACCUCAGUGCCCGCGGCGUCCUCGCCCUCGUCCUGCGGCACGGGGCCCCGCGCCGGGUCCUUCCAACAGGGCGGCUACUCCACCCACACGUGGGUGCAGCAGCAGCAGAUGGUGGCCGCCCAGCAGUACUCCUACCUGCCCGAGGAGCUCGCCGCCGAGGUGGCCGCGCUGACGGCGAUGCCGACGGACGGCUAUCGCCGCGUAGGCGAGCAGGGCGCCAGCCCGUCGCCCGAGCCGCCGGCCGCCGCGCAGGGCAACGGCACGAACGCUGUCCCGGAGAUGACCGCCUCCCGCACAGCCGCGGACAAGAGCCGCGACGAAGAGUUCAACUCGCUCACGGUGGACAUCGACAAUUCCAUCGACCAGCUCAACCAGCUGAUCAUGGACCUGGACCCCACAUUCGUGCCCAUCCCCACCCGCUCCAGCUCGGUGAAGAGGAACGCUGGCGCUCCCGCCAAUGGCCCCACCACUGCAUGCCCCAACGGGACCACUCACAGAGUCAGUGGACAUAGCCGAGCCGCGGUGCAGCAGCCAGCUGUCGGCCCUGGUGAUGUGCGUCCGGAAGGUGGACGCAGUCUCAGCAGGCAGGCCAGUGAUGUCCCGGACCACCCAGGCCAGCAGCCGUGGGGACUGAGGGAGGAGUUUGGGGAGCAGGCCACGUACCCCUCCUCAUGUGCUCCGCACACACAGCAUAGUGGAAUUUACAGGGCUGAAAGUCUAGACUACAGAAGUCAGAGUGUGGAGCUGGACAGUGGUGUGGAAGCUGGCAGUGACAUGGUCCCCCCCACCCCCUCCUUCCCCAUCUCCCCUCCCACACCUUACGUGAAAAAUAUAUCAGACUUCCUGCAUCUCAGGCAAACUCCAUCUCCCAGCAUGCAAAUGUAUGGAGCAUACAGGCCAGAUCUGGACUCCAGGGUCUACACAGACAUCAUGGGUCACGCCACAGAGCCAGGCCUGCCUGACCACUCCCCAGCCUGCCACCACACCUUUGGUCGCUCCGCAACCCUCGGGGGAACUCUGACCCGAACAGACAACCUGGUCCAGUCUCCGUGGCAGGAGAGCCCGCUGCUGUGCCGCCAGGCCUCCCUGCCCCCCCAGCGCUCCGGCACCACCGACUUCAGCCACCACCAGUCGUCGCCGCCGGGCCACCACCCUCACCCUGCCCCCAACGCCCACAGCUCUCCCCGGGGCAGCCAGCGCAGCCGCGCCGCCCGCUACGCCUCCUGCCGAAGCCCCGCGCGCAGCUUCGACGAGCACGACAGCCUGGCCACCCCCGCCGACCUGGGCCCCGCGGCCGGCCUUCUCCUGGUGGAGGCCACGCAGGGCCUGAGCGCGCAGCUCCACCAGCAGCCCCUGCACCAGCCCCCGCUGCUCCCCGAGAAGAGGAGGGCGUCGGACGGGGAGCACUCGCUGGGCUCGGCCUCGCCGGCACUCAGCGGCUUCUCCAGCCCCCACAGCGGCAGCUCGCUCAGCAUCCCCUUCCCCAGCGUGCUGCCCGAGAUGCAGGGCCGCGGCACGCCGGGCACCUCCUCACCUCUCCCUGAUGUGCUGGCAAGCAAACAAGUGACUGUGAAGUUUGUUCAGGAUACAUCCAAAUUCUGGUAUAAGCCUGACAUCGCACGGGACCAAGCCAUUGCUGUCCUGAAGGACAAAGAACCGGGCUCUUUCAUCGUGCGAGACAGCCACUCCUUCCGAGGAGCGUACGGAUUGGCCAUGAAGGUGGCCACACCCCCGCCCUCAGUCCUACAGCAGAGUAAGAAAGGAGGAGAUCUGUCCAAUGAGCUUGUUCGUCACUUCCUCAUUGAGUGUACUCAGAAAGGCGUGCGGCUGAAGGGCUGUCCCAAUGAGCCCUACUUUGGCAGUCUGACCGCCCUGGUGUGCCAGCACUCCAUCACGCCCCUGGCUCUGCCCUGCAAGCUCAUCAUCCCGGACAGAGAUCCCCUGGAGGACGUAGUGGAGACCACAACCCAGUCCAUCACCAACUCCGCCACAGAGCUCCUCAAGCAAGGGGCAGCGUGCAACGUGUGGUUCCUGGGCUCGGUGGAGAUGGAGUCUCUGACGGGCGGCCAGGCGGUGCAGAAGGCCACUGGUGAAGUGCUCAGCAUGAGCCCGCUGCCAACCUCCACUGUGGUGCACUUCAAAGUGUCCUCCCAGGGCAUCACGCUCACUGACAAUCAGAGGAAACUGUUCUUUAGGAGACAUUAUGCAGUGAACACAGUGAUAUUCUGUGCUCUGGACCCCCAAGACAGAAAGUGGAAAAGAGAUGGCUGUGCUUCAGCAAGGAUAUUUGGCUUUGUGGCGAGGAAGACAGGAAGUGCCAUGGACAAUGUGUGCCACCUGUUUGCUGAGCACGACCCGGAGCAACCAGCUAGUGCCAUCGUCAACUUUGUGUCCAAGGUCAUGAUUGGUUCCCAGAAGAACUAGUGCGGUCACCUGAGUGCAUAUGAAAGGGGUCAUCGGGCUGAAAGUGGUUAUUUAUGCUUUUCCCUGGGAAAUGAAAGCCAGUGGCCAUGCGUGGCCUAUGAACAGCAUGCGAGAGUGGAGGCCAGUUGCCAUAGUGAUACAGUAUGGGAGAGCUUUUUGUUGUGUAAACAAGACUUUGAUCUUGGCAAAACCGACACAAGCUGUACUUUAAAAUUAGGGACCCAUAAUCAUGUAUGUAUAUUUAUGUAUUAGUAUGUUAUGAAAUCCAUAUUUAUUUUACUAUCAUCAUUUCCAAACCAUUUCCAAGUGUUGUUUUUUUCUAAAGUCUAAAACUGUACGUACAUGUGAAUUAACUCUGACUAUUUGAAGCUAUAUCAGAUAGCCACCAGAAAACGUAAUGAUACUAUAAGAAACGGAGUGUAAAUUACUAUAUGCUGUGAUAUAAAAAACAGUCCAUUCUAAAGAGUCAGUGAAAUUUUCAACUGAGAUGCAUAUGUGCUGCUUUUUGGUGAACGUAUAUGAAGUAGCCUACUACUUCAAUGUAGGCAUACAAGAGACAUUUUACCAUUUUCGUUGUGUAUGGCUUCUUAUCUCUGGGUACUCUUAAGGCGUCACUGACAGAAUUUGCGGUCAACCAAAGUUGUUUCAAAAACAAAGUUAGUAUUGUUCCAGAACGGGCUCCAAUGCUCUUACAGCAUGUAUAUGCUCAACUCCACAGUGAGCAAAGCUAGAGGUUAGGCUCCCCUUAAUCUAUGCAAAGGAUGUAAAUAAAAACAUUGAAAUUGAUCUACAACUGGCUAAAUAUAUAUGCACAUCUCUUUUAUGAUUUGAGUUUCUAUAUUUUUGCCCAAGUAUUUCUUGUUGAGAAGCUUUUGAGAUGUGAUUAAAGGACACGAAUAUCAUAGCAAUUUAACAACACAAGUCUAUUUUUGUAUGUCAACCCUGAUAUGUAUAUGUAUUUAUGAUUAGAUGAAAUUAUAUUGUCCAUGAAUACACCCAAACCAUGAUGCUCAAUUAUAUGCUAUUAGUCACAGAAUUAUGUAUUCAAACUUAAUAUUUUGAAGAUUUAAUCUUGACACCGGCAAGUUUUUGUAAUGUGAGUUCAUUCUCUUUAAGCAUUUUAUCUAAUAAUUUGCUAAAGUUAUAUUAUGUCUUGUAUUAUUUUAACAACGUACCUUACAAAGAGCCUGUGUUCAGAAGAUGAAAAUAUUACGACUGUAGAGACGGCAUCAUUUGCAUCAGUUUAGUUUUAUAUAUAGAAUUAUCUAGUGGAGUAUACAGCAUGGGGAUCAAAACGUCUUGUUCUGAAAUGCUAGCAACAUACAUGUAUCAUGUAUACUGAUGAAAUGCUUGAGCAUUCCAAGCUGGUUAUGGUGUUAUGUGUCAUACGGUCAACAGACAUUUAAAGACAUUUGGACACUGAGCUUUUAGCAACUUGGUCUCAAACUAUGUUAAAAAAAUAUAUAUUCUCAUGAAUGAUAUACUUACGACUUAUGGGACCAUAGAGAAGUAUGGCGUUGACUAUGAAUGCGUAUAUUCAUGGAAUUUGAUAUUUGUUAAGAUUCUUUAUUCUAUGAACUUGCAGCUCAGUUGCCAGAGGACACUGUAUUGUAUUUUCUAUGUGUGUUUCUUGAUCUCCAUGAACUGUGGCCAACCACUCGAUAUAAGUGGCAUUAUAAGAUAUGGAUGUAAAUAAAUAAAAAGGGAUGUCAUAAGCAUGA